GAGAGGACAGCAGAAUGGCCUGGGUUGCUCCUCUAAUCUAUUUGCACAUCACACUUUUUCUUUUUAUUCUGGAAAUGGGACAUGGUACUGAGGAGGACAGCAGAAUGCUGGGAGUUACAGCCCCAGGAGAUAUCAUCAUCGGAGGAAUCUUUCCCGUUCAUGAGGAUGUAGACAAAAUGAACAACUCCUUUGCACCCCACUUACAGCCAUGUAUCAGGUUUGUUGAAAGAAGCCUGGUGAAGGUGCUGGCUAUGAUCAAUGCCAUAGAGCUCAUGAAUAAAUCCCCUCUGCUGGCUGAUGUUAACAUCACUCUCGGCUAUCGUAUCCUGGACUCCUGCUCUGAUGUCAGCACAGCUCUGAGAGCUACAGCAGACUUCACCCAGCGGGCCGACUGCUAUGCCGGAAGCAACACUUGUGACCAGCUGGUCAUGGCUGUUGUAGGGGCCUCUUACUCUGAAUUGUCUAUUGCCAUCGCUAGGCAACUGACACUCAAGAUGAUCCCUCAGAUCAGUUAUUCAUCAACUGCUGUAAUUCUAAGUGAUAAGAGCCGCUUCCCUGCCUUCUUGCGGACCAUUCCUAAUGAUGAGCAUCAGACAGCUGCUAUGGUCAGUCUGCUCAGCACCUAUGACUGGAACUGGGUCGGAGUAGUAACCACAGAUGGAAAUUACGGCCUAUCAGCUCUUGACCACUUUUUCUCCCAUGCUACUGAAAAGGGGAUCUGCGUGGCCUUCAAAUCAAUCCUACCACAAUCUGUAACUAGUCAGGAUGUGGGCUCUGCUAUCUCACAGACUGCCACAACCAUCCUCACCAACCCCAAGGUACAGGUGAUCGUGUCAUUUGCCAAGCCGACUCUCAUGAUGCACCUUUACCAGGAGCUUAAGAAUCAGACGCUGAGAGCAGGACAGAACAUGGCGUCAAUGAGAAGAGUCUGGGUGGCCAGUGACAGCUGGUCCUCCUCCAGCUCUGUGAUAAAACACACAACUCUGGAGGACAUUGGACACAUUGUUGGCUUUACCUUCAAAAGUGGAGACCUGUCGUCAUUCAGUGAGUACCUGAGCAGACUGGAGGCAGCUGGACAUGACUACACAAGGAAUAACACCUUCAUGCAGGAAUUCUACAUGCAGCUAAAUGCCAGUGAAGGUUCUGGAGGAGCUGAGCUGGUGUCUAAAGCUGUGAAUACCCUUAGAAAACACAUUCAUGCAGACACUGUCUUCAGUGUUGAGAUGGCUGUGAGUGCCAUCGCUCAGGCUAUGGUGUCUAUCUGCAGGAGCAGAGACUGCCAAACACCAGGCACAGUUCAACCCUGGGAGGUGCUGAAAGCUCUCUGGAUGCAGAAGUUUAAACUUCGAGAAAAGACCUAUCAGUUUGACAGCGGGGGAGACAUCAAUCUGGGCUAUGAUGUUACCAUGUGGAGAUCAGAGGGAGGAAAGAUUCAUGUCCAUGAUGUUGUGGCUGAAUACCACCCACAAAACAACAACUUCACCCACACCAACCACAACACCAUCCAACAGCUCUGGGACCUGAAGCACAUCAUCUCUAAAUGCUCCAAUAGCUGCAUCCCUGGAGAGUUCAAGAAAACAGCUGAGGGACAACACACUUGUUGUUAUGAGUGCAUCAACUGUACUGCAAACUACUACUCUAAUGACACAGAUAUGGACGAGUGUCUUAGCUGUGACACAAACAUCGAGUGGUCUCCUGAGGGCAGCUCCAGCUGCAUCCCCAAAGCCUUGCUCGUCUUCUCCUGGCAGGACGGCUUCGCUGUGGUCCUUCUGACCUUUGCUGCCCUGGGCAUCCUCCUGGCUCUGCUAGUGUCAGCUCUGUUUCUAAAUCAGCGUGACACUCCUGUUGUGAAAGCUGCCGGGGGGCCGCUGAGCCAGAUUAUCCUGUUCUCUCUAGUCAUCAGUCACAUUAGUGCCAUGCUGUUUGUAGGCCGGCCCAACAGUUUCAGGUGUAAGGCUCGACAGGUGCUCUUUGGCAUCAGCUUCACUCUGUGUGUCUCCUGCAUCCUGGUAAAGACCCUGCAGAUCCUGCUUGCCUUCCAGUUUGAUCCUGAGCUGCAGGAGGUUCUACGGAGGCUCUACCAGCCUUAUGUCAUUGUUAGCAUCUGUGUGGCCUUACAAGCAACUACCUGCAUCUGCUGGCUGGUCCUUAAAAGCCCAUUUAAUCACACCAUCAAGCAUCCAACCACUCUGCUGGAGGACUGUAAUGAGGGCUCAUAUCUGGCCUUUGGGGUGAUGUUGGGCUACAUAGCUGUUCUGGCUUUAGUGUGUUUCAUUUGUGCCUUCAAAGGCCGCAAACUGCCACAGCAGUACAACGAGGCAAAGUUCAUCACCUUCAGCAUGCUGCUCUACCUCAUCUCCUGGCUGCUCUUUGUUCCCAUCUACGUCACCACUUCAGGAGUGUACCUGCCAGCUGUGGAAAUGGUAGUCAUUCUCAUCUCCAACUAUGGCGUCCUCAGCUGUCAUUUCCUCCCAAAGUGCUAUAUAAUCCUUUUUAAGAAGGAACAAAACACCAAGAGUGCUUUCAGAAAGAAUCUGUAUGAAUACUCCAACAAAACAGCAGUAGCUGUCUCUGUGUCUGCAGUGACAAACUGUAGGGACGUGAGUAGCUGCACAAUUUUGCACAAAGGUUCGAUCACACGACACUGCCUCAGAAGAACCAUCAGCAUAUAGACCAUUAAAAAAUUGUUGCCACAGAUUUAGAUAUAGAGACUCAACGUACUGUGGAAGGACCUAUGUGGUGUUACAUGUACACUACUCAAGAUAUAUGACUUCAGUUCAGUUUUCUUCAUUAGACUUAUUUCCCCCCUACAUGGAUUUCAUCCCAGCUUCUCAUCCCUUUGUUUUAGAUGUGGUCUAGUUGGCGGCACUUUUCUUCAUUGCACCUGGCAGUGUAGUAAACUACAAGGCUUUUGGCAUCUCACUCAACUCAACUCAACUCAAAUUUAUUUAUAAAGCACAUUUAAAAACAACUAACAUUGAGGUGUCGGUGCCUUAGUGGUAGAGCAGGCGCUCCAUAUACAAGGCUGUUGCCGCAGCAUCCCGGGUUCGACUCCAGCCUGUGGCCCUUUGCUGCAUGUCACUCCCUCUCUCUCUCCCCCUUACACACUUAACUGUCCUAUCGAUUAAAGGCAAAAUGGCCCAAAAAAAUAUCUUUAAAAACAACUAACAUUGACCAAAGUGCUGUACAGAAGGAAUAAAAUGCCAAGAACACAUACAUGAGAGGCAACAUAACUGCUCACACAUUUAGAGACACAACACACAUAGGCAUGCAUCAGGGAAAGCCACAUCAGGGUGACUCAAACGCUAAUAAAUAAAAGUAAGUUUUGAGCCCGGACUUAAAAGAAUCAAUUGCGGAGGGCGAAUCUAAUUGGGAGGGGGAUGCUGUUCCAUAGUUUUGGGCCAGACAAAGCAAAGGCACGAUCACCCCUGAGCUUAAGUCUGGAGUGUGGGACAACCAGGAGCCCCAGGUCAGCUGACCUGAGGGACCUGAGCAUUGA